AUGUUUAGCUUUACGUCCAAUUUUCCCAAAGAAGGAGAGCUCCUCGGAAUGCUUUGGCCCGUUUGGGAGGAAUUGGAAGAGCUAUUACAUUUUGACCAGCUUCCUCCGUUUGUCCGGUUACACUAUGGCAGUCUUCCUACCGCAGUCCAGGACGCAGAAACGCGCGAAGAACCCGGGGAUCAACCUUUGGGUCUAGAAGAGCUUUAUGAGGAAGAUUCGGAAGGUUCGGCUGAUUUUUAUCCAGAGCCUGGCGAAGAGGCUCAGGGGGACUCCCCCGAAGAUGCCCAUGGGGAUUUUUCGGCCAGUGGACUGGUCAUCGCAGAAAGAAUACAGAAGAAUUUACAAAAGGCUGACAAUUGGAACGUGCAGCAUCCUUCGAUUGUGCUUCCAAGCUUAGGGCAGGUGGAUAGGAUCAAGCUCCUAGAUCAUAUGAUCUUCAAGGCCAAAGAAAUACAUCGAUACGAGGGGUUUUUUCAGCAGGUUGGAGAGAACAAAGUGAAGGAAAUCUUAGACUCUCUUCUGCCUCGAAAAAUCAAAGAUCUCUGUCAAAGGGGGGUCAUUCAUAAACAAAGUAUCCUGGAUCUCAAAGAGGAUCUACGCGAUCCCGCAUCAUCGAAGGACCCUGGACCUCCAGAGACAAGACGUCAAUGGGAUGAAAUGGCUGCUGGAGUUGGCAGAGAGACAUUUGAGACCUUUCUUCGUUCACCGGAUCCAGAAAUCCGGCAGUGGGCCAAAAGCAUGAGAGAUGGAUUUUUAUCUCUUCGUGAUUCUCCUGACGGAAAAUUACGCGGAUACUUUGCAAAGCAAUUCGAGAGGUUCCUGGAAGCAGGCCAUAGGGCACAAGAGCAAAACGUAAUCGAUAAAUGGAAGAAGGUCCUAGAAGAAGGAGAGGAGUUCACUGUCAAGAAAUCUGGAGAAUUUAAACCCGGCAAAUUUUACCCCAAAUCUUACCUCACUAAAGGCGCAUUUCUAUUCAGAAUACACCAAAAGCUACACCUUGGAAUCGUUGAAGGAGAGAAUGUCAUGUUGAAGCUUAGUUUGACCAAGGCGUUAUUAUAA